AGCAUGCAGGCUGUGUUGUCGUUGCAGCGUUGUUGCCAUAGCAGCGACUUGAUGCCGUGCCGCUUUGCAGUGAUUGCUCUGUGUUGCCUCUCUAAAACGGCGCCUUCUUUUCUCGGUUGAGAUGAAAAGAGUGAAAACAAAGAAAAACCACGAAUGUCCGCCAGGAACGGGUUACUGGCGGACAUUCGGUCCGUUCUUAUCUCUCGGUCAGCACCUUAUCCCGCUAGACCCCCGUCGCUGUCACACGCAAGCGUGAAAUCUGACGUGGUGCCACCGUCCCAUUCAGACGCUUCUCGGGACCCUCCCUUAAAACAGUCGUGCGUAUGAGCUGGUAGCGAGACAACGGCGCCACCGGAGCCAAGGUUCAACAGCAGCGGCCGGAAGGGAAUCAAUAGUCAACGCGACCUGGAUUGAUUUCCUACGGCAAUGCGAAGAUGGCGAGAGUGCUCCACACCUUACUGUUAUUUCUAGUCAGACUUGCGCUGAAAAUCAGAGUUUGGGGAUACUGGUCGUUAAUCUACGGUUAUUGUGCUCUCUGCACCACCGCAGCCCUGCUGAAACUUUGCUGGAACAUCGUGCUGAGGCCGACAACAACCUUCCAAUGGGAGACCCGUGAAACUCCCCCGGCUUGUCUGAAUGACACGUCCUUGGGAACUCAUUGUUAUGUUAGGAUCAAGGAGUCUGGCCUUCGAUUUCACUACGUUGCUGCUGGGGAGAGAGGAAAGCCCCUCAUGCUGUUUUUGCAUGGCUUCCCUGAGUUCUGGUUCUCCUGGCGCUACCAGCUGCGAGAGUUUAAGAGUGAGUUCCGUGUGGUGGCCAUCGACAUGCGCGGCUACGGGGAAUCUGACCUCCCGCUCUCCACUGAGAGUUACCACCUUGAUUACCUGGUCACCGACGUAAAGGACAUUGUGGAGUACCUGGGGUACAAUAGGUGUUGCCUCGUAGGCCACGACUGGGGUGGAACGAUAGCGUGGCUCUUUGCCAUACACUACCCUGAGAUGGUGACAAAACUGAUCGUCCUAAACUGCCCCCAUCCUUCAGUGUUCACAGACUACACUCUGCGUCACCCCAGCCAGCUGCUGAAAUCCAGCCAUUUCUUUUUCUUCCAGCUGCCCUGCUUCCCAGAGCUGAUGCUCUCCAUCAAUGAUUUCAAGGCUCUAAAGGCUUUAUUCACCAGUCGAAGCACAGGGAUUGGGAGAAAGGGCCGGUGGCUCACUGCAGAGGACCUGGAAGCCUAUUUGUAUGCAGUCUCACAACCGGGAGCUCUAACAGGAGCCCUCAACUAUUACAGGAAUGUCUUCAGCUCCCUCCCGCUGAGCCACAAACACGUCAGGUCUCCGGUGUUGCUGCUGUGGGGAGAACGGGAUGCGUUCCUGGAGCAGGAGAUGGCUGAGGCUUGCCGUCUCUACAUCAGGAAUCAUUUCCGUUUAAACAUCAUUUCCGGGGCCAGCCACUGGCUGCAGCAGGACCAGCCGGACAUUGUCAACACCCUCAUAUGGACCUUCCUGAAGGAAGGAGAGGGGCGCAAAAGCUACAGGAACUAACCCACAGCAAAGCCCCCACUCCUGCACCGUCUCAUCCCUUAUCCUCACUGUCCACUCCCGGAAGCCUUGAAUAUGCCUGUGAUACCAAGCAACAUAGUGAUGAUGCAAUCAUUCUUUAAAUUUUUCACGUUUUCAAAAUUUUUUAAAAGAAGUCAGCGAUGAAGGAGAGAAUCAAAGCACACCUCACUGGAGAGGAUCCUGCAGAAUACACGUUUAAGAUAUUUUUUGCACAUGACAGUGACACCCGCCUUAAAGUUUGUUGGUUACAGCAUUACAAAUGUGUGGCGAAGUCUUUUCUUUGUGACCUGUAUUGUGUUGUGCCUUUUAACUUUGGAGCUGUCGCGGUGUGAAGGCGUCCUGAGGCGUUGGGACGUUUCGUUGUCCACUGUACUUGUGUUUCAUCGGGGUUGCUCAGCUGUAUUUUGGGCCCAGUUCUUUGGGAGUCACACCUCCCAGGGCUCCGUUUAUCAAGUAGUGUUUGUCAAAAGGAGUUUUCUUUUUUGUAAUUUUUUUUUUUUCUCAGAUACUUGCUCAAAUGUAGAGAAUGUUAACUUGAUCUUCCUGUAUGGAAAUGUUAGUGAUGGUUGCCUACUGUACUAUUUUGUAUCUCUUACUGCACACUGCAUUUUGAAACACACUGAGCCAGGUCUGUAGUGUUUGAUUUUAUAAAUAAACCGAAGAAGUGUCAA